AUGGGGGUGGACAGGCGGCAGAGAGCCUCGGCAGCCCUCUCGCUCGGCUUCCUCUCUUUAAUCUUCUCUAUCACAGCCUUCAGCAGCAGCUACUGGUGUGAAGGAACCCAGAAGGUAGCCAAACCAUUCUGCAAUGGACUCGCAGGUGGCACCCACUGCAUUGGGAUGAACAGCCCAGGUGGGAAUGACAGCAGCGUGGUUCAGUACAUCUGGGAGACGGGAGACAACAAGUUUGUGGAUCGAAAGUUUCAUGCCGGUAUUUGGCAUUCUUGUGAAGAGAUGAUCAGUGGGAAAGGAGUUCUUUGGUUGUCCAUUGCCGCAGAGAUCCUCUAUAUUAUUUUACUCCUGAUGGGCAUCACUCUCAUGUUGAUUGAAAUCUGUCGUUCCAUCAGCGUCCUGGAUGGGCUGAAGCUUAAUGCAUUUGCUGCUAUAUUCACCGUUUUAGCAGGUCUCCUUGGAAUGGUGGCUCACAUGAUGUAUACAACCGUAUUUCAAAUGACAGUAAAUUUUGGUCCGGAAGACUGGAGGCCUCAGAUGUGGGAUUACGGCUGGUCUUACUGCUUGGCGUGGGUUUCCUUUGCCUGCUGCAUGGCUUCCUCUGUGACCACAAUGAACAGAUACACAAAAACUAUUUUGGAAUUUAAAUAUAAACAGAAAAAACUGGAGAGAAGUCUACAAGCUAAAUCCAAUCCUCCUGUUCCAGAAAAGGCUUGGAAGAUGUACGUUGACACCCUCCAGAGAACAACCGAGGACUUCAUGCAUCCCUUAACAGACAUUCACAACCCAUCCAGUCCUAUGGAAUUUGCAGAGUUAAAUAAUAUUCCUCUGGCACAUUGUGAAGAAUAUUGUUAAGAAUAUUCUUAACCAGGAUUGUUGAUUUUGUUUUGUAUUAUGGAAACUACCAAUGUGUGUCUGUAGCAAUUUCCUUUUGUAUAUUAAGAAUUUAUCUUCUAGUAGAAAGCCAUGGUGAUGGCCUACAAAGGAAACACUUUUAACACGUCUAAUUUGGGGGGUUCUCUUUUGCUUUGACAGCACUAGUUAGGUAGGGAGAGAGACUGAUAGCAUAAUCCCAUACAGAUAUCCUCAGAGGAAAAUUCCACUGAUUCCAGUGGGACUUACAAUUCAUUUGUACAACCAGGUUGCUCCAGCAUGAGAAUGUAUCAACAACCAUUUCUUGAGAUCUGCUAAUAGCAGCCCAAUUGACAGCAUCCUCUAUCCAUACCAGCCCAUCAGAUAGGUAACUUCUGCCUAUCUUCCCUGCUGUGCAUCAAAAGCAGUGGUUUCCAACUUGUGCUAUCAGCUUAAUCUGUUGACUUCAUUUCAUUGUUGACACA